AUGCCUCGAAAAGCCUAUCCCCUGCUCAAAUCUGUUCCCGGGAUACUCCCAAAGUUAACUGGGCGAAAAGAAAAGUAUAAGGAGUCCUCCACAUCGACUGAUUGCCAAAACAACUCUAGUUCAAGAAAUAUUUUUGUCCUUGAAGAUCCAGCCGAUUUCCCGCGCUGGGAAGGCAUAAACGAGCGAGUACUUCCCGUUAAUGAGCUCGGUCACUAUAAAGAGAAUCCGUCAACACAUUUGGAGAAGAGCUACAAUUUCUUAUAUAGAUAUGUGCCGCGUCAAUUCCAUCAUCACUUCCCUCAUCCGAGAAUGUUGAGUGGCUUUUCGGAAGCUGAGAUGCAGUUUUCGACGCUUUGGGAAGCAGUCCGCAGAUGGGCCAUCGACUGCGAUACUUGCGGGCUUGUCAGACGCAAGGUUCUCUCAGAUCCACUAGAUCCUGUCAAGGCCAGAGAACAUCCUACGAGCCGCUUCCUUGUAGAAGCUGAUGGUGGCAAGUAUUGCCCACAUUGCAAGUUGAUUUAUCGGUGCCUACAAGCGUACUACCCGUCAUUUGAGACGGAUAAAGACACUCUGGUGGUAGGAGUCUACCCAACUGCUGGAGGCUUUUCCCUCCUUAUCAGGAAUACUCGGACAACCUCCUGGAUUGAGUCCACGUUAUGGGCUGAAGUUUUUCCUGAAAGCAAGAAAAGGGAGAUAGACAAUCACCAAGCCUCAUCAGUGUUUGACUCUUCAUGCGAAAGCUCGUUUCAGUGGAUUCUAAACAGGAUACCUCAGGCUGAUGGUGACCUGACACUGUCUAACUUUAUGCCAAGGCGUCUGAUAUAUCUGGGGGAUGGGGCCUCUAAGCCAGUCCUCGUGGACAGGCCAGAGGAGAUAUACCCGUAUUGUGCUUUGAGCUAUUGCUGGGGCCCUACCCAAGCAAACUUGAAAACUACUAAAGAAACCCUGAUAAACCACUGUCAUCAUAUAGAUAAGGAUCAUAUGCCGAAAACAGUGCAGGAUGCUGUUGAAGUCUGUCGGCGUCUUGGAAUAAAGUAUCUUUGGGUUGAUGCGCUUUGUAUCAUUCAAGAUGACGCACUAGGAGUUGACUGGUACGAGCAAAGCUCUGAAAUGGACCAAAUCUACUCCAGCGCAUAUGUCGUGAUUGCAGCAGAUACUGCUGAGGAUUGCUCUGAAGGGUUCCUGGGAACUUCCAGCGUUCAACAGCUUCGAGAAGUCACAGUUGACUGGAUCAAGGCUAAUUUCAUCUGUCGAGACAAACCGAAUGGUCAGAGUGAUGAUCCUAGUUUUCUCUUAAAAAGAACACCACUCUCGCGGCGCGCUUGGACACUACAAGAAACUCUUCUUCCUAGUCGAGUUCUCCAUUACACUGGCACGGAGAUCGUCUUGAGGCUUGGAGAGACCUUCCAUUGCCAAUGUGGCAAGUGCAGCUUUCACCAUGUCGGCACCAGCCAUUCAGACUGGCAUCAAAUUGUCUCCCACUAUUCCUUCCGCCAAAUGACCAAGCCUUCGGACAAGCUGAGUGCCUUGUCUGGACUAGCAGCCCGUACGUCAGAUGGCGAUAGAAAAUAUCUUGCUGGGCUGUGGUCGGACACAUUGGUCAUAGAUCUUCUCUGGUAUGUAACCGGAAGUGGGCUUCAUAUGCGACCUGAGCCCUGGAGGGCACCAACGUGGUCCUGGGCCUCGAUGGAUGGAGGCAUCAGUUACUUCAAUCGCUUCUCAUACUACGACUUUCUCCCCGCAUUGGAUAUCAUUGAAGCCGAGUGCAAAUGCUUAAGUGUGAAUAGCUUCGGCCCGGUUUCCUCAGGUUUUAUUGAAUUGAGGGGUAAGCUUGUUCCCGUCGAGAUGGCCAUUUUGAAUAAACCCUUUACCAAGCAUCAAGGCGAGUACACUGGCGAAUGGGGACGAGCAACCCGUGUACAUCAAGGCCAGACAUCACUUGUACGAGGGUGGGGUACAGAAAUCUAUGAAGUUUUGUGUGACGAGCGGAUGGAUCAGACAGACGAAAUAGGUGAAGAAGAAAGCGAAUCAUGGGCCCAAGGUAGAGUGGAUCGACAAGACCUAGGCAGAAUAGUGGCAAGUAACAUCUACUGUCUGGAAAUUGGCACAGUUAUAGAUCGUGUGAUAGACGUGGAUGGCUUCACCGCCUUGGGUCGGAGUUCCAGGGUCUGGUGGCUUGUUUUGAAGAAAGCAGAGAAGGUGAAUGAGUUCAAAAGAGUGGGGAUAGGUUAUAAAAGUAGCAAGGACUUUAAACGUGACUGUGACCUUUUUGUUUCUGCGGAAUGGAGUACAGUGCGAUUAGUAUAG